AAGAACAUACGUAUUACACGAAAUUGUGUUAAAAUGAUAAGACACCCUUUUUACCAAUACGGCGCUUCGGAUUUGGAGUUACCAGUGAAUCUAAACUUUAGUGAGUUUAUAUUGGACAAGCUUGUCGAAAAUAAAGAGAAAACUAUUAUCAAUGGAACCACAGAAGAAACCAUCACCUACGGCGAAAUCGCCCAAAAGGCGAUGAAUCUCGCCAUCUCUCUGUCUCGCCUAGGCGUCAGAAAGGGACAGGUAGUGGGAAUAUGCUCUGAGAACAGAACAGAGUUCUGGAGCGCCGUUGUGGGGUCUAUAUGUACCGGGGCCUCGUUUACCACCUUCAACAUGAUGUACACGAAACAUGAGCUAACCCAUGUUGCUGGGAUAUCGAAGCCGAAAUGCGUCUUCUUAUCGCCGCUGGCUUACAAAAUGCACGAAAAGACCUUGAAAUCAUUGAAAUAUGUUGAGAAAAUCAUCGUUUUUGGUGACGAAAAACCCGCGGGAACUAUUUCGUACAACGACUUGGUGUCAGCUCAAAACGUGAAAUACGAGGAAUUCAGAGCAGUUGACGUGGACACGCCGGAUGAUACGCUGUUUAUACUGUACUCCUCAGGCACCACUGGUCUUCCAAAAGGAGUUGCUUUGACACAUCGCAACGCGCUCACCUCUAGCAAUUCAAAAAGCAUAGAAACUCCUCAACCACCCAUAUACCUGAUGAUAACCCCCUGGUUCCACACCAUGGGUCUGAUGGGGUCGCUCCUGUACCUGGCCAGUGGGAGGAACAUGGUGUAUCUGCCAAAGUUCGAGAUUGAAAUGUACUUGAAAUGCAUUGAAAAGUAUAAGGUGACUCGUCUCUACGUCGUGCCACCAGUACUGGUGGCAAUAGUGAAAUAUCCGAACAAGUAUGACUUAAGUACAAUCGACCUGAUAUACAGUGGAGCAGCGCCGCUCACGAAAGAAACAGCUGAUGCAGUUAAGGAUAAAUUUCCAAACGUGAAAUCGGUUCUCCAAGGCUACGGUAUGACAGAGACGGCGUUAGCUGUCACUCGGUGCACUGAUGCGGAGUCAAAGUCUGGGACAGUGGGGACGGUCGUGCCUGGAGCCAUUAUAAAAGUCAUUGACUUGAAAACUCGGGAGCCUGUCGGAGCCAACCAGACUGGAGAAAUCUGCGUCAAAGGCGGCAUUGUCAUGAAAGGCUACAUCGGCAAGGACCGCAGAGAGGACUUCGAUGAUGAAGGGUUCUUCAGAACUGGAGACGUGGGCUAUUAUGAUGAGGAUGGGGACUUCUUCAUCGUGGAUCGGCUGAAGGAGCUUAUCAAGUAUAAGGGCUAUCAGGUGGCUCCAGCAGAGCUGGAAGCAGUUCUGCUCCAGCAUCCAGCAGUUCGCGACGCAGGUGUAGUCGGUAUACCCGACAGUAGCGCUGGAGAGGUGCCUCGCGCCUUUGUGACGCUUCAACCUGGUGCCACGGCGACUGUUGAAGAGUUACAGCAGUUUGUUGCUGAGAAGCUCUCCAACCCGAAGCAUCUACGUGGUGGUGUGCGGUUUGUUCCAGAAAUACCAAAAAACCCCAGCGGGAAGAUCCUGCGCAGAGAGCUACGAAAACUUGCGCUUACGCAACAGAGCAAACUAUAAAACGAGUUACAAACACUGACGUAUACAGCGUGGCUAAAAAAUAAGAAUAAGAAUAAGAAAUGCUUAUUAGCACAAAUAAUAACACAAAAUAAAAUAACACAAAACUAAAAUUCAAUCACAUAAAUAUUUGUGCAAAAAGGUCCUCACUCAGCUUCUUGUCACGUUGUGUAUCCUAGGACACACAACGUGACGCUGAUUUUCAGUGAGGCCUGGUAAAAGACUAUAAGUAGCUAAAACUAGAACUAAAACUAAAACUAUAUGGUGGCAGAACCAAAACAUAAGAAUUCAACAGUGAAUAAAUAAUAAUUAUAAGGCUUUUGAUUUUAUAUAAUAAUAUAUGUAUCUUCUAUUGUCGCGCGCGUAUGUGUAUGUGUGUGUGUGCAUAAUAAGUGUAUCCCCGUUGCCAGGAAGGUUUUGGGAUUAUACUGAGCAACUUUUACUAUGGGACCAACCUCGAAAUCGAAUC